AUGUAUUCUUCAAAUAUGUUCCCCUUUCCUAAGAAAAAAACCACCGAUAGCGGAACCCCUAAUCAUAUGGGAUUGAGUUUCCAUCCGUCUUCGACACCAUCCAUCACAUCCUAUGCACUGCCAAAUGCUUCAAGUCAAAGUCCAUCAUAUCUCUCUUCGUCAACACCAACUGCAAAGUUAGAGCAGCCAACACAAUUUACCAUUUCUUCAUCUCCUGUUGUCCCGCCAGAAUCGUUACCGGGUAGUUAUUAUGAACAUCUUACUCCUGCAACACUGGAACGUGGGAGUUCCAAUGAUAGCUUUAUACCGGCGCCCAAUUAUCAACCUGGUUCUAAACGAAAUAAUUCUAAGCUAGGCGCCAAUACUGACAACGAGAGAGCAUCAGUCGAGGAAAUUGUACCGUCAAACAAUAUUGGAGGUUCAACUUCGUACAAUCCUACAAGAAAUUUCUCACAGAACCAACACUUUAUUCAAAACCAACUAACUCGACCCGUGACAAAGGGUGACGCAUUGAGAAGAGUAUGGGUCAGGAAAAAUCAACAUACAGCAACAACUAUCACUGUGGGCCCUAACGACAUAGUUGAUGAUUUGAAAUACAUGAUUGCAAACAAAUUCCCCACCACAUUAGCUCGAUCUUAUGAUCCAUCAGAUCUAAUAAUAAAAAUGAAUAUACCUUUUGAUACUAAGAUCAAGAAUAAUACCCCCUUGAGUGAAACUUUUGCUUUGGGAAUUAAUCCUCAGAAAAGAGGCGUGCAAGCAGAAGGUUCACAAUCUCCUCAUUCAAUAAAUAACGCUUCAUUUACCAGGUUUCAACCGCCUCAACCUAUAACUGAAAUUAAGAGGUCAAAUACCCCACUAUCACCCGAAACAACGCUAGGCUACAGUUUAUCAAACGAGCCGACAAUCAAUGAUUCUAUACGUUGCUCCUCUAGAACUAUAGCACUUGAACCAGACUUAUUAGUGUGGUCAGUACUCGAUAAAUAUUUCCCUGGAGGAAUGAAAAUGUCUGAUGCGUUUAUCAUUGACACGAAUGUUUCCCCAACAGAAGAUACUUUUAAGCCCGAGUUUAAACAACGACUAAACCAUUCUUUGUCUUACAGCGGAAAUUUGAAUGAUCGUAACGAUACAAUACAGUGUCAACCAAUUCCGGUGAGACCACAGUCAAUGGUAGCCAAGAAAGUGGCUACAUUGGGAAACCAAAAAGUACCACCACCUAGACUAAGGCCUUCUGCGACGUAUGUCGAGCUUAGUAAUCCAGCCCCCCAAAGUUCAGCUGUUAUUCUUUUCUCCAAAGACGUUAGGGACGAUUCCAAAUCACCGCUGAACAUUUCAAGAGACUUAUCUACGUCUCCACCCAAGAAGCUUUCUACAGUACCACCUCCUCUGGCAUUAUCAAACUCCAAAACUAGCGAAUCAGAUCAGGGUAGUAGACUGGAUACUGUAAGUGUCAAACGAAAACCCGAUCCAAUUUUAAGGCCGAUAUCCACCUCGAAAGGCCAGCUGAGUGAUUCAACAGUUGUGUCAUCUCCGAACUCGGUAUCUACGAUAACACCAAAUGCAGGGACUAAAAAGAACAACAAGAAAUCAAAAGGAAAGCUAGGCAUAUCUAAGAUGUUAACGCACAUAAAUGUUUUGGUUGUUGAAGAUAACCUUGUCAAUCAAAAAAUUAUGGCUCACCAUUUGAAAUCAUGUAAUGUUCAGUUUCAAAUUGCUUCUACAGGUAAGGAGGCAUUAGAAAUUUGGAAACGGGGAGGGUUUCAUCUUUGUUUUAUGGACAUUCAGUUGCCCGUGAUGAGCGGUAUCGAAGUUACAAAGGAAAUUAGACGUUUGGAGAGGUUGAAUCAUAUUGGUAGUAUAUCAACACAUGCAUCUGAAGAUCACCAUGAGCAUAAAAACCCUGCGGAUAUUCUAGACUUAUCUUUAUUUAGGUCUCCUAUAAUCAUUGUCGCCCUUACUGCCUCUACUGGUGCAGCAGAUCAACAGAAUGCAUUGGCUGCCGGUUGUAAUGAUUAUUUGACCAAGCCUGUUCAGUUGAAGUGGUUGAGAAAUAAACUCACAGAGUGGGGGUACAUGCAAGCUUUAAUUAACUAUGAUUAUUUCAGAACAGAGUCGUAG